AUGAUCACUCAUUUCAACACAACAACAACACCACAUCAUACCACAUCAACAAAAAUAACAACAUCCACAUCCACAUCCACAUCCACAUCCACACACACCCACACCCACAUCCACAUCCACACACACCCACACCCACACCUGCAUCCACCCUACAUCCACAGCCACGUCCACAUCCAACAUCAACAUCAACAUCAACCAUCAACAUCAACCAUCAACAUCAACAUCAACAUCAUCACCAACAUCAACAUCAACAUCAUCAUCAACAUCAACAUCAUCAUCAUCAUCAUCAUCAUCAUCAUCAUCAUCAUCAUCAUUAUCAUCAUCAACAUCAUCAUCACCACUACCACUAUUGGCGCAAGCUCCUCGCCAACCAACACAAUAACAACAUCGUCACAAACCAAUCAACAUCUCCACAUCCAAACAACAUCUCUACCUGACAUUACAUCAACAUUUUCACAUCAUCAUCAACCACAUCAUCAACCCACAUCAUCAACCUACAUCAUCAACCUACAUCAUCAACCCACAUUCCUAACUCACUUGACACAACAACCUUCAUACAACACCAACAUCAUCAACUUACAUCAUCAACUCACAUCAUCAACUCACAUCAAACAACAACAUGUUGCUCAGGCCUGAGAGGCUUGAGUCGACGCGAUCGAUGCACGAUGCCAUUCCCACCAUUCGAACGAGAGCAAACACGACGCGAAGAAGCAAGCAGCAACCCUGUCUUGGCAACAGCCUGGUGGCAAAGAAAGAGAAGGAUAGAUGGCCCCCUACUAACAUCAACAGAGAGCCCCCUAUUAACAUAAACAGCGAGCUCUUGUGGUGGUUGCGGUCCAACGUUGGGGGCGUCGAACGUGACUGCUUAGAGUGGCGGUCUUUGGUGGUGUUCAAGCGGCAAGGUGCGUAUCAUGUCCAGGUGGCUCCUCAGGAGAGCCAUCUUGGCCAGGUGCAAGAUCCUAGGCUUGUUCAUCACCAUCGAAUGCCCCGUGCAUGCUCAUUAUUAGCCCGAUCCUAUUUGCGCUGCAAGACCACAAGAGAGUUUGAUGGCGGCGAGCAUACUCGCUUAGAGUGGCGGUCUUUGGUGGUGGUUGUGGUGGUGUUCAGGCGGCAA